AUGAAUGGAUGUUUAUGCCAAACUCGUGUUAAUGAGAACGACGACGCCUUCGACUCCUCUACUGUCGCAUGUUCCGAGGAACAUUUCUUCUCCGACGUCAUAGACGGUGUUGAAUCGGUGGGAUCUUCCCUCCUUGGCCUGUCCGAUGAUGCGUGCCUUAUUCUUUUUGCCCUUAUGAACAAGUCUUCAAUAGAGAAGUUACAUGCAUGCGCGGGUGAAUUGUAG